UCCUACAGAGGAGAAAAUGACUGGGAACUCAUUUAAAUGUCUGGAUAUUUGGUUUGUGCCUGGAAACUCACCUGCUCAUCCCUCAGACGCAGAGAGGCUCACCUGUUGUAUCUGGAUCAAACAGCUGUCUCUGCAACACCUACACUUUGCAUUAGUUUGUCAGCCCUAAGCCAUUCAAAGACUUUCUUAGCAGCCAACGGAGGUGAACCCAGGGAUGAUACUCUAUUUCAAGGCAUAAUCCUACUGCUUUAUACUUGAGCAGAAUGAUAAGAUUUUUUGAAAUUGUGCCAGAGCAGUGGUAGCGCCAAAUCAUGAUGAGCUCCAUUUAACCAAGAAACUUGCCAACUUUGAUGGGCCAUGAAGACUUGGGUGCUAGCUCCUAAUUAGAGUGUGGUCCCGGAGAUUUGUGCAAAUUGUACAUGGACCCUCAAGAUUGAGAAACUCUACUGAUGUCUGCCUUGCGGCUGGUCUGUCUUUGGGUUAUCUUUGGUGGGACUCAGAUAAGCCUAAACAUCGGUCUGAAAUCAUGGACACCAUGCACAGACCUUCAGCCACUGGACAUGUUGUCAGAAGUGAUCUCUUCCAGCAAGUCCUUAGGUGGGUUACGAAUGGUACAGUCUCAAGGGGCCCGUGGAUUUCGUCUUUCUGCAUCUCCACAUGUGCUUAGUUUUCCAUCAUCACAUCUUUUCAAAACUUGCCAUCUCUUUCCAGAGGAAUUUUCUCUUGUUGUCACCAUAAAGAUCCCCAGCCUUCCACCCAAGAAAAAUGAAUACCUGUUCACUGUGAUAACUGAAGGAAGAGGAAAUGUCCUCCUUGGCUUGAGAUACUCCAAUAACAAACUUCACUUCUUAUUCUGGAAUAUGGAAGACUCCCAAGAAUGGCAGACCAAGGUUACCUUUCGUGGCAUCUCCCUGGCCAAUGAUCGGUGGCACACAUUUGUCCUAGCUGUAUCUGGCAUUUCUGUUUCCCUCUCCAUUGACUGCAGCGUUCCUAUGGAAACCUUCGGAGCUUCAGACUGGGAGUUUUUCAGAAUAAAGGAUCGCUUUUUUCUGGCGGUGGCCAAUAGUCAUAAUUACACAGUGGGAAUAAAAAUGCAGAGAACUGAAGAAUAUGCCAUCGUCUCCGCUAUUUAUGAGCUGAACAUCACUGCACAACAGUUUGUCAAGUACCAAGAUAUCAUCACUUACAGUGCCGUUGACUGGGAGUUUUUCACAGUUGCUGAAGACUAUUUCCUAGUUGUGGCAAAUUCUUAUGAUGGCAACUCCUUCUCUGUCAACAGCGUUAUCUACAGGUGGCAGGGCUAUGAGGGAUUUGUGGCUGUCCACUACUUGCCUACCUAUGGCUGUCGAGAUUGGGAAGCAUUUAAAACCAACAAUGGCUCCUACAUCAUGUACUCCAGUGCCAAGGAGCCAACUGCAAGGGUACUGAAGCUGAGGACUGUAUGAAUCCAGGAAAGCAGAAGUAUAUCAGUUCAGUCUGUAAAAGAUGUGAUCCGGGAAAGCAGUUCAUGUGUCUAUCAGACAAACCUCUAGACUGUUGUAAUCAUUAAAAUAAUAUGUCUGUGCAUGGGUGUCCUUACACAGUGCAGUCUGACUGCAGAAUCCGCAGUGCUGAUUACUGCUAAUUCCGCGACUGGGCUGCACCGUGAUGGCGAGUACAGCUACAGUCUGGCGGUAAUCUACAUGCGGAUUCCGUAACCAAACUACACCAUGUGCUGGCCCCCUAUAAACCCCUUGCUUAUUGCAAAUCUAAUGCAUGGUUGUGUCACCUGGCUAGGAAGAUGUGGUCAUAGGUACAAUUGUAAGGCUAUGUUCAAGUAUCACAUAAUAGAUUUGCUGUAGAACCUUAUUUUAUUCAUCUGAAUGGGGUUCGCAGAAAUCCAUGCACAUGUUGAAGCAAACCUCAUUCAGAUACAUGGGACUGAUUUUCCGGUGCAACAUAUCCGCCAUGUGUGAAUAUACGCUAAUAAUGCUGCUCAGGCAGUGAACCUAAAUUGGCAAUGCAAACUUUUGCUGUGUCACUUUAUAUGCAGAGGCAACUAGCCUAAUCAUGGAACUGCCUAACAUAAAGGGGACUUCUGUAUCAUCUCCUGUAUGCUGCCAUCACAGACUGGCUGAAAUCAGCAGACUGUCACUUGUCUGGUAAUGUAAUGGUUUAAUGGUGGCAGCAUGCACUGGAGAAGAGUCUGGCGUAUUCAUGAGCUCCCUCUCUCCACGAUCACCUGCUGAUGACUGACUGCUCUCUAAUUUGAGGAUACUUUUGAAUGUCUCAAAAGUUCAUAUUCAAAUCCAUCCACAGAUCCUGUACAAUGGCCCAAAGUUGUAUGGUGGUUUGUAGAACAGCAUGUUACAGACAUAUCCAUAAUACAGCAGCCAGUAGCGCGCUAAUCUUUUUUCUAGUGAAUUCAUAUAGAACACAACAGUAAAACGAUCGGCAUGCUUCCAUAUGAGAUCAGAGGCGCGUAGA